CCAGCUGGGUGGUUGUGACUGAGGAAAGGCGGUCUGCGGGGGAGGCGGGUUGUCAGAACAGAUACUCUUUUAUUUGGAAGGCGAUAACAUCGGAGGAGGGAAAGGAGCUGCCUUUGUGGAAGGGUGCAAGCUGAUAGUCUAUGUGGGGGUCCCCUGUGUGAUUAACGGCGCUCCUUUAUUUGGGAAGUGGCCCUAGGGUGCUUGUGCUCGCCUUUAGCAAGAAAGAAAUGUAUGCUAGCUAGAAAUCCAACAGGUGAAGUCCCAUUCCCCACCCCCAAAUCACUCAUUACCCGGCAUGGAGAAGCGGAAUAUAUUUUCUGAAAUGGAUCUUUCAUACAACUGUUAAAAUGAGAUCUUAAAAUUCUUUCUUCAUUUUAAAUAUUUACAUCUUGCGUUUCUGCCUUUAAAACGUUCGGCAAGGCUUUCUGAAUCCCAGCUGUUCAAUACACUAGUAGCAAUAAAAUGACCCCAGCACACCCUAGCUUUUAUUGCUCAGAUUGAAAGAACUGUUGGGUAAGCAGGUGUGGAUUUCUGUAUAGGACUGUGAGUCCAUACACUAAACAAGCCUGGCCUCCAAUUUAUUUAAUUCUCCAUAUAUCUGUUCCUCUGCAAGCAGCUCUACUUUGUAGAUCAAGGUGCUAGUCGAAGACAAAGUAGGUCCUGCAUAACUGAAGUCUGCCCUGCCCACCCCAGGCUUACAGCCUAUUUAAAAACAAACAAAAAAGCAAUAGCGUCACAGAAAUAAUUUAAGAGAUGAUUACAUUAAAAAGGUGGGAGGACAAAUACAUACAUCUAGGGGACAGGCAGAGCAGUUUUGUUCCUUGUUCACAGUUCCUUUGUUCAACCUGGAGCUUGCAUGAGUAGCCUGAAGGAAGAACUGCAGUUUAUAAAUUUCUGCAUCACAGUUCAGACUUUGAGCUACCCUGCAUCUAACCUCCCCUUCCUGGAGCAAUGAAUAGACUUAUAAACAGACUGCACUGGAGCGUGACACAGCACUGAACUACUCCGAGUCCGCCAUACCUACCAAAGACUUGCUCCAUUUCCCAGCUACGAACCGCCAUGUCCUAUGUGUUUGUAAACGAUUCCUCACAGACAAACGUGCCUCUGCUACAAGCUUGCAUUGAUGGAGAUUUUAACUAUUCCAAGAGACUCUUGGAGAGUGGCUUCGACCCAAACAUUCGUGAUAGUCGAGGCCGGACAGGCCUCCACCUAGCAGCAGCUAGAGGAAAUGUUGACAUAUGUCAGCUGUUGCACAAAUUUGGUGCUGAUCUUCUGGCUACUGAUUACCAGUGCAACACAGCCCUUCACUUGUGUGGGCAUGUGGAUACCAUUCAGUUCCUCGUCUCUAAUGGACUCAAAAUAGAUAUUUGCAAUCACCAAGGUGCAACACCUCUUGUCCUGGCAAAAAGAAGAGGGGUAAAUAAAGAUGUGAUCCGAUUGCUAGAAUCAUUGGAGGAGCAGGAAGUAAAAGGGUUCAAUAGAGGUACACACUCGAAGCUGGAAACGAUGCAGACUGCUGAAAGCGAAAGUGCAAUGGAAAGCCAUUCUCUUCUGAAUCCCAACCUACAGCAGGGUGAAGGAGUUCUCUCCAGCUUCCGAACAACAUGGCAAGAGUUUGUAGAGGAUCUCGGCUUUUGGCGAGUGCUGCUUUUGCUUGUUGUCAUUGCCUUGCUCUCUCUUGGGAUUGCAUACUAUGUUAGUGGAGUGCUUCCUUUCGUAGAAAACCAGCCUGAACUGCUGCAUUAAAAGCUGUGUAAAUGA